AUGUCUGAGCAUAUUCACCAUUUGUCUUUGGUAUUUGAAUUGUUGAGACUUCAUCAGUUAUUUACCAAAGAGUCUAAAUGCACAUUUGCACAAAAUACAGUGAAGUAUUUGGGUCACGUAAUUUCUUCUGAAGGUGUUUCAGUUGAUCAGGAUAAGAUUCAAAGUAUUUUGUCAUGGCCUCUUCCAACUUCACUAAAGGAAUUACGCGGAUUUUUGGGUUUAGCAAGCUAUUAUCGCAAAAAAUUUAAGAAUUUUGGUAAGCUUAGUGCACCCUUACAUAAACUACUGAAGAAAGAUGCAUUUCUCUGGAAUGAUACUGCUACUACUGCAUUCAAAGUGCUUAAAAAGGCUCUUACUACAACACCAGUUUUAAUUCUUCCAGAUUUUUCAAAAGAAUUUUCCUUGAAGUGUGAUGCAUCUGGAAAUGGGUUAGGAGCUGUGUUAAUGAAGUCUAGUCGACCAAUUGCUUAUUAUAGCAAACCCUUAACAUGA